CCAAUGGCCCCUUCUCUCGUCCUUCUUCUUCUUCUGUCUAACAACAAUACACUACCACACACUUUCACGCUCUCUUCUCUCACCAAAUUCUUCUUCCUCACCAAAUUCUUCUUUCUCUCUAUGUUCUUCAUCUUCUAACUCUCUCUUCUCUUCUCGCCAUAGCUUCUCCUUCCUUCUCACGCUGUACAGUUAAAGCUUAAGAUCUAUUUUCAUGUGAACAGGUUUUUUAGUUAAUUUUUGAAUUCGAAAGAAAAAGAUGAAUCACUUUGCGGUUCAACCAAACGCUUUCGCUGCCGGCGGAGAUUUGAGAAGCAGCUCCGUUUCUGUUGUUGAAAGAGAUCAAACCACCGUCGUUUGUCCAAAACCACGUCGUGUUGGUCUCCGUAAUAACCACCAUCCUUCUCGAUCUCUCCGUUGUUACUUCAGUCACCAAUUGGAGCUAUGUGAAUCCAAAGCAGAGACUGAUAUUUUGGAUAUCAUUCUCACCAAGGAUGGUUAUGGUGCAGAACAAGUUCAUAAGCAGGUAAUAGACUCGCCGUCCCCGUUUUUAUGUGGGUCGCCGCCGAGUAGAGUCGCUAACCCAAUAACACAGGAUGCUCGAUUUCGAGAUGAGAUUGUAUCGGUUUCUUCAGUGAUUCCGCCUCCGUUGGGUUUACCUCCUUCAUCAUCUCCUUCUUCCUCUGGGAGGAAAGGAGGAUGUGUUGUUAGAGGCAAUUUUGGUAACAGCCCAAAGGUUAGGAUCGAAGGGUUUGAUUGUCUUGACAGGGAUAGCAGAAACUGCAGCAUCCCUGCCUUGGCUUAGAAACUGAACCCGAACGAACCCUUUUAGGAUUUUCAUACAUACUCUUUUGAGUUAACUCACAAGAACCCAAUUAGUGCGUCGUAAAUAUAAGUGUUAAGGAGAUUGAGCUGUGUGGGAAUCUUGAGGGGAAUGAGUAAAAAGAGAUCGAUCGAUCCGUUGGUGUUUGCGUUUUCGUUUUUUCAAGAGUGUAAAUAGGUAACGGAGCAAUUUUCUGGGUUAAGUUUUUAAGUAUCUAGUGUUCUUGUGGUCAUUUUGUAAGUAUUAAGGUAAAAAUAAAAGAGUUAGGUUUUGGAGGAAUAUUAAAUAUUUGGGAAGGUCAGGUUUCUUUGUAUGGUUUAUUUGUGUAAAGUAAAGAAAGAGAUUUGGACCUAAUCAGAGUGAGAGAGAGAUAGGAAAAAAAAGAAGGGUAUUUUGGCUAUUUUCAUUUAGUUUUUUUUUUUUUGAGAGAUGAGGAAAAAAAUUUGUACAAAAAGAAAUUCAAAUGAUAUUUUACUUUGAAAGCAGCGAAUCUGUUGUUUCUGAAUUUUUGAGAAAGAGAUGAUGUAAUGAGUAAAAAGCUGUGAACCUGAGAAGUGCCAUGUGUUACACAAAGGUUGGAGACUCAUUCAAAAUA